AUGGCGUCCACCCUACGACUGCCCGCGGGCACCUCCGCUCGCAUUGUGUCAUCCGGUUCCUUCGCUCCUCAACUCCGUGUGGCCGGCUCAUACCAAUGCCGGGCCUUCUCCCAGACAUCCCAACAAUGGGCCGGCGCGAGACAAAUGAACUUCCGCCCUCCCAGCCAAGCGCAGCCCGCCUUCAAGACUAAAACCAAGGGCAUGAAGUUGGCUGAUCUACCCAAUGAUAUUGGUCUCUUGCCGGGUACCUUCGUCCGGCCGCUGUGGAGAGACAUGCCUUCCAUUUUCACGGCACCACGCGAUAGGCUGCACAUGGAAUGGACAUGGAUUAAGGCCUGGUUGAGCAACUUCGGCAGUCUGCUCCAAUAUUGCAAGCGCGAAAACACCCUUCCUCUCAUGUUGAGGCAGAGACGUCCCCUCGCCGCAGAUCUCCAGGAGGCUAUGUACACAGCAUUUGCGGAAGGCAACAUCCCUAAAAUCCGCUCGAUUUGCUGCGACGGCCUCGCCAGGAACCUCAUUACCGAGAUCGAACGCCGUCCCACAAACGAAAAAGUGACCUGGAAACUGGUGAAACGCCUGCGUCAGCCCAGCACAAACUUCACCGGCCUCCGCGUCAUCUCAGACCGCGCCACCUCCAUUCCCGAUAUCCCGAAGUCCGGAAUCCGUCAAAUAAUCGUUCGCGUCACCAGCCGACAAGCUACCACCACCACCCGGGUCCAGGGCGGCCGUGGACAGGAACCCGCAGAGUCCACCGUUGUCUCCGCGAAGGAGCAGGACUGUGUUGAGCACUUUGUCAUCCAGCAUCUGCGUUGGAAUGACCAGGAUAAGGGCUGGAGACUUUGGGGCACCACCACGCCCACCUCCGUGCACACUGCCUGGAACGACCCUUACUUCAUGCCCGGACUGUCGACCAUGGAGCGUCUGGAUAUGAUCAAGAACUCGGUUGACAAGAAAUAA